CUUCGCCUUACAGCAGCAUGUAAAGGAUCAUAGCCAACCCAACGAAGAUGUGAGGUUCUCAAUAGAACAAUGUUUCUACGUUGACAAUUGGUUGCAGAGUUUGUCGUCAUCAGAGGAGGCAAGGCAACUGGUUGACAAAAUGAGGGGUCUGCUGGCUGAGGGAGGUUUUGAGUUGAGACAGUGGGCCAGCAAUGUACCAGCUGUCAUUCACCAUCUUCCACAUGAAGCCAGAUCGGAAGGUCUUGAACUCUGGCUAGCCCAUAAAAAGACUGAUGUCCAGGAGUCCACAUUAGGCCUUAGCUGGAAUUGCCCUACAGAUGUCCUGACGUACCGUCACCGGCCCAUAAAUCAUGGCGCUCCAACCAUGAGGAUUAUUUACAAAGUUCUAGCUAGUCAGUACGACCCCUUGGGAUAUAUCCUCCCGUUCACCACCAGGGCUAAAGUACUGGUCCAACAACUUUGGAACAAGCAGCGCAGCUGGGAUGACACCCAACUUCCCCAAGCUUUAGUCCAGAACUGGAACGAAUGGGAAGGUGAGCUGCAGUUUCUGUACAAGAUCAGUUUCCCAAGGUCAUAUGUACCAGCUUCAGUGGAUCAAACCAGAUCUGUAACAGACCUUCAUGUGUUCAGCGACGCCUCAGAGAGUUCAUAUGGAGCAGUCACUUAUCUGCGCACUGAAGAUCAUCUUGGUAAGAUCCAUCUGUCAUUCGUACUGGCACGUUCGAGAGUGGCACCAAAAAGAGUCCUGUCAGUGCCCCGUUUGGAGCUCUGUGCUGCUGUAAUUGGUGCACAGUUGACAAACCUGCUGAGAAAAGAGUUAACUUUGCCACUUCGCCACACAGUUCUUUGGACAGACUCCACCACGGUUCUGUCCUGGAUUCAGUCAGAGUCCUGCCAAUUCAAAGUUUUCGUCGGUACCAGAGUGGCUGAAAUCCACGAGCUUACCAACCUCACUGACUGGCGAUAUGUGGACUCAGGUCAAAAUCCAGCAGAUGACCUUACAAGGGGAAAGACUUUGAAAGACCUUGCUAAGCCCAACAGAUGGAGCCAAGGGCCCCCAUUCCUGCUCCUCUCACCAGAAAGCUGGCCAGCAAAACCUGUAGAGUGCCCUGAGAUUGACAAGUCUGAGCUCAAGAAAUCUGCAUUCUGUGGAGUAGUAGCUGUAGAUGCAUCAUUUGGCAGUGAGCACAAGACCUGGACAGAAUUGGUAAAGGCUGUUGCACAAGAGCUACAUGGGGCGGCUGGAGAGCCAGGAGAACCUACAGCGAACACUUACCAAGCAGCAGAGAUCUGCAUAUUCCAGAAGGUGCAAAGUGAAAGCUUUCCUGAGGAAUUACAACGGCUGAAAUCAGACAAGCCUCUUCAACAUAAUAGCCGCUUACUCACCCUAGCUCCAGAAUAUGAUGCAGCUUCCAAUCUAAUCCGAGUUGGCGGUAGGCUAAGACGUGCUGAAACAUUAGAUCCUGCCCUGAAACAUCCCAUUGUACUAGAUUCUAAACAUCCAGCUGUCAGGUUACUCCUCCAAGAUUUCGAUAAAAGUCUCUGCCAUCCAGGCCCUGAUCGGGUGUUUGCAGCAAUAAGAAGACAGUUCUGGGUUCUAAGAGGAAGAGAAGCCAUCCGCAGCUUACAGCAUGCCUGUAUAGAAUGCCAACGUCUGAGAGCCAAACCUACCGUUCCCAAAAUGGCAGACCUUCCUUUAGCACGCUUGCGUCUUUACAAACCAGCCUUUCAUUCAACUGGGAUGGAUUGUUUCGGUCCCUUCCUCGUGAAAAUUGGUCGACGAGUAGAAAAGAGGUGGGGAGUCCUCUACAAGUGUCUUACCACCCGGGCUGUACACUUAGACCUUCUGCACAGUUUGGACACUGAUUCCUUUCUGAUGUCCCUUCGAAGGUUUAUUGCACAUAGAGGUUCCCCUGUAGAAUUACUAUCAGACCAAGGAACAAAUUUCCGGGGUGGGGAACGGGAACUCUGCGAAGCAUUCCAUUCUAUGUCACCUGAUCUUCAGCAAAGACUUGCACCACGGAAGAUAGCAUUCCAUUUUAAUCCUCCUGCAGCACCACACUUUGGGGGAGCGUGGGAGAGGGAGAUAAGAUCCAUUAAAAUGGCAUUAUCUGCGACUAUUGGGGCCCAAACAGUAUCCGAAGAAGUACUCAGGACCGUGUUGAUUGAAGUGGAGAAUAUUCUUAAUUCGAAACCCCUUGGGUAUGUGUCCUCUAAUGUGGCUGAUCCUGAUCCAGUAACACCCAACCUUCUUCUCAUGGGGCGGCUAGAUAACUCCCUGCCUGCAGUCAUAUACCCUAAAGAAGAAGGCUUGAGUCGUCGUAGAUGGAGACACUCCCAGGUACUAGCUGACCACUUCUGGUCCUCCUUUAUCCGCCAUUAUCUUCCAAACUUGCAGGUCAGACAGAAAUGGCACUAUACAUUCCCUAAUAUAACCAAAGGGACGGUAGUCAUGAUAAUGGACCCCCAGCAGCCCAGAGCACACUGGCCUAUUGGAAGAGUAGUCCAACUGCACCCCAGUCAAGACUCACAAGUGAGAUCAGUGGACGAUGAAGUUCAAGGAAAGGUUUAUACUAGACCUGUAGCUCGACUUGUGGCCCUACCCCCCAUCCCGGAAGAUGAUAAAGAGGAGCCUAACACACCCACUGCUGCAUCAGUAGCUCACACGCAACCUUCUCAAGUGUCAAAUUGAUCACACAAUUUGGGGGCGGCUGUAUAAACGGCUUACGUGUGUGGCCCCUUUAAGACUUGUUGCCCCUUUAAGACUUGUUGCCCCUUUAAGAAGUGACGCAGCAAAGUUGUGUGGAGGAAAUGCAAGCCGAUCCAAGUUGGAGUGUUAUAUGUGUGCGUGCAUCUUAUAAAACCACACACCUAAUGCUUCAGUAAAAAAGACCUCAAAGAAAGAACUGUGGUUGACUGAGUUCCUGGGUUCUGACCGGCCCACCAGGGCGAGUGUUUCUUAUCAAACAGUCCUUAAGAGAUAGAGCUGAAAGUCCAAUUUCCAAUCCUACACUUAGGUUAAAAAAAAAACAUUACUGGUGUGUAUCUUGAGUCAAAACAAUGGCACUGACAUAUUUUAAGAUAUUUCAGGUCAAGUGGCUUUCAGUAAAACAGCUUAAACAUGCAUUUUAGCCUGGGUUUUUUGAGAAACCGGAGGUUAUAGUUUCAAAAGCAGAUA